ACAUCUAAUACCACAUCUUGUCCGUUCACUUGCUGCGUCUCGCAGCAUCAAGCCGAGGGAAGCUGGCCUUCGCGGCAUCAUUUGGUUCUACAAACGCGUAAUUUUCUAAACCACCUGUUUUAAACCCCCAUCAGCUUUCAUAAUCCAACAAUGCUCGCCGGCAUACUGCUACCUGUUCUGAGCUUGAUGGGCGGGGCCCUCGGCGUACCUGUUGAGCCCGUUGACAAAAUAUUCGUUCGUCGUGGAGAAGUCGGACACGACAAGCUGAGCCCCAGUCCGCAAAAAGUACAGGACAAUGCCGUGGGCGAAGCCAUUGCGAGGUUCAACCCACUUCUCCACGUCGCCCACGGGUGCCAACCGUACACCGCGGUUGACGAUGCCGGCAACACAAGUGGCGGACUCAAACCCACCGGCAGCUCAGAUGGAGGCUGCAAAGACACAAGCAAGGGCCAGACCUACGCCAGAGGAGCAUGGCACAAUGGCAAAUACGCAAUCAUGUACGCCUGGUAUUUCCCCAAAGACAUGCCCAAUGACGGCGUGCCCGUCGGCUCGCAUAGGCACGACUGGGAAAGCCUCGUCGUCUGGCUCAACAAUCCUUCGGUCGCAAACCCGGAGAUCCUCGGCGGAGCGGCCUCGGGGCAUGGCGACUUCAAACCUACAACGAGUCCGCAGCGGGAGGGCGACAGCUUGAAGAUCGAGUACUUCACGCAGGGAAUUCUCAACCACGAAUUGCAGUUCUCCGCCACGACCGGCCGGACGUACCCGGUCCUCGACUGGGAUGCCAUGAGCGCGACGAUGCAGACUGCUCUAAACGACGCAGACUUUGGCGACGCCAAUGUGCCGUUCAAGGACGAAAACUUUGUCGAAAAUCUUGAGGAAGCUUUCGUCUAGAUCACAUAGCUUCUGUCUACGUCUCGUGACGUUAUUGCUAAGGAAACAGAUGGCGAACCAGACGCCAGUUCAUAUGUUCUUCACCGUACAUAUCCAAUCUUGUGUAUUCAUCUCUGAUUGCACAGAGAGAGUUCAUAACUUUGUUUCUAAGAAGAUGGUUUAAUCAUUUGAACAUGAAUAAAACAAUCACGAGGCGUUUAUGCCCAGAGAUCUGAAGGGUGUAAUAUUUCCUCGGUGAUUUAUUAUUGAAUCCGUGAUGCAUGACGC